AUGAGAGAAGUUACAACAGGACCAGAGGUGGCAGAGGAGGGAAGGGUCGUUCAGGCGGAAAUGGAGGAGAGGAGACUGCAAAGCAUGGAGAAUGAGGAUCACGACGAGGAAGCUGCCACCAGUUACCAUACCAACCGUCCUGCAUCUGCAACGCCAGCCUUGGGGUCGGGAAGCAGUCAUGCUGUCGCUGCUGCUCCUCUUGCCGAACCCCUUGCCAACCCUCUUGCCGAGCCUCUUGCUGCCGAGCCUCCUGCCGACCCUCGUGCAGCCCCUCUUGUUCUUGCUUCUGCUCUUGUUGCUCCUCCUUCCGACCCUCUUGCUGCUCUUCCUGCCGCUUCAGCCAUUCGCACCAGAGCUUCUGCAAAUGUUUCCACAGCCGUUGCUGCUCCUCUUGCGUCGUCCUCUCGAGCCCGGCAUGCUGCUGCCCCAACUGCCCGGCGUGUAACUGCCUCUUCAGGUACUCGCCUCGUCCCAUCCCAGUGGCUGGGGCGGAGGGUGGCAGAAUAG